GUCUGUAUUAAUUCUAACCUAAGCACCAUGCCGCCUAAAGCAAGUGGUAAAGCCGUGAAGAAGGCAGGAAAGGCGCAGAAGAACAUCACUAAGAGCGACAAGAAGAAGAAGCGUAAGAGGAAGGAGAGCUACGCUAUCUACAUUUACAAAGUCUUGAAACAAGUCCACCCCGAUACUGGAGUUUCAAGCAAAGCCAUGAGCAUCAUGAAUUCGUUCGUUAACGAUAUUUUCGAACGCAUCGCUGCUGAAGCAUCGAGACUUGCUCACUACAACAAACGCUCUACAAUUACUUCUCGGGAGAUCCAGACUGCUGUUCGUCUUCUCCUUCCCGGAGAAUUAGCUAAGCACGCUGUUUCAGAAGGCACUAAAGCUGUCACUAAAUACACUAGUUCCAAGUAAAGCGGAAUACUCCAUAAACAAUCGGCCCUUUUCAGG